AUGGUUUAUUUGGCGGUCCGCAAUAGGAGAUGUCUUAAUAGCUGCUGUAUGGGGACGCUAUGCUUGCAGUUGUUGCUGUGGAUUUUAUGUGCCGUGAACGGAGAGGAGCAGCCGUUCAGUGUAGAGGCAUGGCUCCAGAGGUAUGGCUACCUCCCUCCUGCAGACCCCAGAAUGUCGGUGCUGCGUUCUGCUCGAGUCAUGCAGUCCGCUAUCGCUGCCAUGCAGCGCCGCUACGGCCUCAAUGUCACAGGGUCUCUGGACAGCAGCACUAUAGGCGAUAACACGAUAAGGUGGAUGAGGAAGCCCAGAUGUGGCGUUCCUGAUCAGAUAGGAGGUGCAUCCAGAUUCAGUGUCAGGAAACGGCGGUACGCCCUUACAGGACAGAAGUGGCAACAUAAACAUAUCACAUACAGCAUAAAGAACGUGACACCCAAAGUGGGCGCAGAGGAGACCCACGACGCCAUUCGGCGAGCCUUUGACGUUUGGCAAAAUGUGACGCCGCUGCGCUUCGAGGCUGUGCCCUACAGUGAGCUGGAGAGGACCAAGAAAGAUGUGGACAUCACCAUCAUCUUCGCCUCAGGGUUCCAUGGCGACAGCUCGCCCUUUGACGGCGAGGGUGGCUUCCUGGCCCACGCCUACUUUCCAGGGCCGGGAAUAGGAGGCGACACACACUUUGACUCGGAUGAACCGUGGACAUUGGGCAACCCCAACCAUGACGGUAACGAUUUGUUCCUGGUGGCGGUCCACGAGCUCGGCCACGCGCUGGGCCUCGAACACUCCAACGACCCCACGGCCAUCAUGGCUCCUUUCUACCAGUACAUGGACACUGACAACUUCAAACUGCCCAUGGACGACCUGCUGGGCAUCCAGAAGAUUUAUGGGCCUCCUGAUAAGCUUCCCCAGCCCACCAAGCCUUUGCCAACGGCGCCCCUUCCUCGCUCCCAUCCUCCAUCAGACCCCCGCAAGCCAGACAGGCAGACACGACCUCCGAGGCUGCCCCCAGGAGAUAGGCCGUCCCACCCCAACGCUAAACCCCACAUCUGCGAUGGAGGCUUCAACACCCUGGCCAUACUGAGGAGAGAAAUGUUUGUAUUCAAGGAUCACUGGUUUUGGCGGGUGAGAGAUAACUCGGUAAUGCCAGGGUACCCCAUGCUCAUCAGUGUGUUCUGGAGGGGCCUGCCGCCCAAGAUAGACGCCGUCUACGAGAACAGCGAGGGCAAGUUUGUCUUUUUCAAAGGGAAGCAGUUCUGGGUGUUUAAGGACACGGUGUUGCAGUCCGGAUACCCCAAGGACAUCAGCCAGUUCGGCCACGGCAUGCCGGCCCAGAGCAUCGAGACGGCUGUGUGGUGGGAGGAUGUGGCCAAGACCUACUUCUUUAAAGGGGACAGGUACUGGCGUUACAAUGAGGAAAUGAGAACCAUGGACCCCGGCUACCCCAAGCCCGUCACAGUGUGGAGAGGUGUGCCUGAUUCGCCACAGGGGGCCUUCGUCGACAAAGCCAAUGGUUUCACCUACUUCUACAAGGGCAAGGAGUACUGGAAGUUCAGCAACCAGUUCCUCCGUGUGGAGCCGGGCUACCCGCGUUCCAUCCUUAAGGACUUCAUGGGUUGCGAUCUGACGCCCAUCGACCCCGGCCGGCCGCCAGCCGAUGACGGCAACUCGGACGUGGUGAUCGAGCUGGAAAACGAGGCGAACACGGUGAAGGCCAUCGCCAUCGUCAUCCCCUGCGUGCUCGCGCUGUGCCUGCUGGUGCUGGUCUACACUGUGGUGCAGUUCAAGAGGAAGGGUACGCCACGCCACAUACUGUACUGCAAACGCUCCAUGCAGGAAUGGGUCUGAAAGAUCAGAGAGAGAUGACAUGAUAAGAGAGGAUGAGACAGGUAAGAAAUAGGAUGACAGCCCCCACUUUCACAGAGGAGGACAGUGGACUUUUGGACAUUUUUAGUGAAAAGACACAGCCACGCCUCCUCCUUUUGGGUGAUCUGAUACCUUCGUUUAGACCCGCAGAAACUACCAGACAGCCCGUCGGCGGCCCCUCACACAUAAGGUGACCCCAGGACUUAAAAGUUGACUCCGCUAACCCUCAGCCUUUUUAACAAACAGGGGAGCAGAGGGACAGUUUGUGGGGGAUCUUUGCCUGAUAUGACAUUCAGUCCCAGUAAAAAAAAAAAAACAAGAAGGUCGGCAUCACUUUGUAUCUCAGAAACUUGACUUCCUAUCCCAUUCCUCUUUUAUUUCUUUGUCAGACUGCUCUUAUUUAGAAGGAGGACUUUCACGGGGACACACUCUUCCCACAGGGCACUGCAUUGUCAUCUGUCAUAUCAGGUUGUUGAUACAAAAACAACAGUUUUAUAUUUUCUGAUCUUGGUGCCCGCCCGCUUCAUACUGCGCUUAAAAAGAUUAACAGUCUCAGAUAAACGCGAGUUAAUCACAUUACCAAUCGUCAAUCCCUUUUCUGUAUUUUCUUCCUUUUUUUAAUUUAAAUUCUUUUGGGUCCUCACUAUUCCCUUUAAAACGCUCCUGAGGAAGAGACCAAACGAAACCAAAUAAAAUCAAUUUCUCUCCAAAGAGGAUCUCUUUUUUUUUUCUCUCUCUCUCUCUCUCUCUCAUUUCAGUUCAUCCUUCCUUCCUUUCUCUGGAUCUUUUGAAGCAAUUAAGAGUCGGGGAGCUCUGACUGUUGUGGCAGUCUGUUUGAGACACAGGGGCCAAAUUAUUCUGCAAUAUUUUAACUCGCCUUAAAUAUACAUCAUACUACUUGUGCUUGGUUUUGCUGUUGUUGGAGUUUUUUUCUUUUUUAUUUGUAUACCGUUUUUGUUUGUUUGUUUGUUUGUAAAAGAAGCUAAUUGAGAGCUUCUUGUGAUUGGUAUUUUAUGGUUUUUAUUAUGUUACCCAGAAUUCUCAGCACUGGCUUGCUGAGCCAUUCUGGACAGAAUAUACACUAGGGUCAGCCUGUAAUGAGAGUAAUGUAUUGUAUCGUAAAAAGAUCGGAAGGGUCAGAAUUCCUAUCUCGGAAGGUUCUGGAGUAAAGCCACUAUUUUUCUGUGUUAUAAGAUAUUUGUUACUGUUACUUUUAUCAUUUCCAUAUGACAGAAAUCAGGCUAAUUAUGAGCUUGAGAGCUUGUUACUGGAUUUGAUGUUUUUGUCCUUGGCCCAUAUCCCCCUCAGUUUAAAGAAGUGUGCAUCCAAAAUGGUCAUUCUGUAUGGUUAUUUGUGAAUGGACAGACCUUUUUUUUUUUUUUU